AUGGACCAUCAGUAUAUCGUCCCCCACUGGGCCGCCCUCGCAGAACGAGCCCGCCCAUCUACCCCUCUCCUCCAUUCCAGCGAGCAGGAACUGAUGUCAACCAACUUAUUUUCAACCCAUUUGAGGCACAAAAAAAAUCAGAAAAACCACUUCCAAGCCACCCUUGAAGAAUCCUCAAUCGGACAUUGGUUUGUUUGUCAUGGCUCACUCCAGUCUUUCACAUCCAACGUUCUCAUGUUUUCGAUUGUUUAUCUUUUUGUCGCGAUUUGCCGCCGGUUGCUAUUCAUGGUGCCGUUGUUUGUCCUUGAUCCAUGA